CCGCGCUGCCGCUGUCCGGGGAGUCGUGAAACACCAAUACGCCUUCCGGCCGCCCUCUGGUCAGCCACCUGAAGCCACUGGCGCUACCGACAGGUGAGGAGGGGACAAGAUUUCGGGUUCCCUUGCCCUGAAUGCUUUCACUGCUCAGUUGCCGCUGGGGCCGCUCUGUUGCCUACGAACUCGGAGAAGCCAAGACACGGACGACAGCAAGGACGUUGCAAACUUGCGCGGCGGCAGCCAGAGCCUUGACUCUACAACACUGAGUCUCCGAUUUAGGUUCCAGAAGUUCAGUAGGCAGUGCUGUCCGAAGACUUCCUGCAGCAGAGGUCACUUAAAAGGGUACUAGGAAGCAGUCCUCUUCGUGAUUCUCGCCCAGACUCUGGAAGAAGAGCUCAGAGGAGCCGAAAGGGAGACUGGAGGCGGCAAGGGCAACGGGUACCAGUUUAGAUCCGCGGUUCCCAGCCUGAAAAGUUGCGGAGGGUUGGAGGCAGCCAGGAGAGCUGACAGACCCCAGCUCCGGCCGCGGGGGGCAGGAGAGGACGGUACCCAAUUGCCACCUCCCUUCAGCCGUAGUAGUUUCUGUCAUUCGGGAGCGCAGCGAGCUAGAGACGGGGGCGCGGCAUUCAGCACGGAGAGCAAGAGGCAUAGGGUCCAGCUGUUGAACCCAGAGCGUUUCGUGUUCUCUGGACUCGCCCCCGACUUCCAGCUCCGUCUUAUUCAGACUCCUGCUUGCCUCCUUGAGCUGGGAGAAAGCAAGGGAAUCAAGAUCAAAUGGAAGGAAUCCUUUAAGACCAAGGACUGUUUGGAGCCCCUUCCUGUUUGCGGAAAAGCGAAGGCCAAGGCUGGGCCGGGAGAGUCGGGAGACUAGUAUAAACAGCCCUUCUCGGACGGGAUGGGAACCAUCCGGCUCCCGUGGCUGCUGCCGCUGCUGCUUUCAGCCGCAGCCCUGGGCUCCACGACCGCGAACGGGCAGCUUGCGGGCUCACUGGCCGUUGGGGCACCGCUGCAGCCCCGAGAACCGCUCAGCUACUCGCGCCUGCAGAGGAAGAGUCUGGCGGUGGACUUCGUGGUGCCCUCGCUCUUCCGCGUCUAUGCCCGAGACCUGCUGCUGCCGCCGCCAUCCCCCUCCGAACCGAGGGCUGGCCGGCUGGAGGCGAGCGGUUCGCUGGCUCUGGACUGCGCCCCGCUGGUUAGGCUGCUGGGGCCGCCUGUGGCCAGCUCCCUGUCCCCUGCCGCGGACCCGACGCUGUCCAGGGUACUGAAAGGUGGCUCGGUACGCAAGCUCCGGCGCGCCAAGCAGCUCGUGCUGGAGCUGGGCGAGGAGGCUAUCCUUGAGGGCUGCGUUGGGCCCCCAGAAGAGGCGGCUGUGGGACUGCUCCAGUUCAACCUCAGUGAACUCUUUAGCUGGUGGAUCCGUCACGGCGAAGGACGGCUGAGGAUCCGCCUGAUGCCCGAGAAGAAGGCGUCGGAAGUGGGCAGAGAGGGAAGACUGUCAGCGGCGAUUCGCGCCUCCCAGCCCCGCCUUCUCUUCCAGAUCUUUGGGACCGGUCACAGCUCCUUGGAGCCAGCAACAAGCAAGCCUUCUCCUCCUCCUGACCAUUUUGUGUGGAAUCUCACCUGGAUAAUGAAAGAUUCCUUUCCUUUCCUGUCUCAUCGCAGUCGAUAUGGUCUGGAGUGCAGCUUUGACUUCCCUUGUGAGCUGGAAUAUUCUCCUCCACUGCAUGACCUUGGGAACCAAAGCUGGUCCUGGCGCCGUGUGUCCUCGGAGGAGGCCUCACAGGUGGACUUGAUGGAUGGACCUGAGGCACAGCAUUCUAAGGAGAUGCCCAGAGGUUCCUUCCUCCUCCUCAACACCUCCGCAGACUCCAAGCACACCAUCCUGAGCCCAUGGAUGCGGAGCAGCAGUGAGCACUGCACACUGGCUGUCUCGGUGCACAGGCACCUGCAGCCGUCAGGGAGGUAUGUCGCCCAGCUGCUGCCCCACAAUGAGGCUGGACGAGAGAUUCUCCUGGUACCCACUCCAGGGAAGCAUGGUUGGACAGUGCUGCAGGGAAGAAUUGGGCGCCCAGAGAACCCAUUCCGAGUGGCCCUAGAAUACAUUUCAAGUGGAAACCGAAGUCUGUCUGCAGUGGACUUCUUUGCCCUGAAGAAUUGCAGCGAAGGAACUUCCCCAGGCUCCAAGAUGGCCCUGCAGAGUUCCUUCACUUGUUGGAAUGGGACGGUCCUCCAGCUCGGGCAGGCCUGCGACUUCCACCGGGACUGCGCCCAGGGAGAAGACGAGGGUCACUUAUGCAGUAAACUACCUGCUGGUUUCUACUGCAGCUUCGAGCAUGGCUUCUGUGGCUGGACCCAAGGAACACUCUCACCCCACAUGCCGCAGUGGCAGAUCAGGACCCUAAGGGAUGCCCGGUCCCAAGACCAGCAAGGCCAUGCCCUGUUGCUCAGCACCACUGACGUCCCCACUUCUGAAGGUGCUACGGUGACCAGUGCUACUUUUCCUGCACCAAUUAAGAACUCUCCAUGUGAGCUCCGAAUGUCCUGGCUUAUCCGUGGAGUCUUGAGGGGAAACGUGUCCUUGAUGCUAGUAGAGAACAAAACUGGGAAGGAGCAAAGCAGGAUGAUCUGGCAUGUUGCCACCAAUGAGGGCUUGAGCCUGUGGCGGUGGACAGUGUUGCCUCUCCUCGACGUGUCCGACAGGUUCUGGCUGCAGAUGGUUGCAUGGUGGGGACAAGGAUCCCGGGCCACUGUGGCUUUUGACAAUAUCUCCAUCAGCCUGGACUGCUAUCUCACCAUCAGCGGGGAGGACAAGAUACCACAGAACGCAGAACCCAAAUCGAGAAAUCUGUUUGAGAGAAACCCAAACAAGGACCAGAAAACCUUGAAAAAUAUAUCUGAACAACCUCCCACCUUUGACCCUACAGUUCACUGGCUGUUCACCACAUGCGGGGCCAGUGGGCCCUAUGGCCCCACACAGGCCCAGUGCAACAACGCCUACCAGAACUCCAACCAGAGUGUGGUGGUGGGGAGUGAAGGGCCCCUGAAGGGCAUCCAGAUCUGGAAAGUGCCAGCCACUGACACCUACAGCAUCUCGGGCUAUGGAGCCGCCGGAGGGAAAGGAGGGAAGAACACCAUGAUGCGGUCCCACGGCGUGUCUGUGCUGGGCAUCUUCAACCUGGAGAAGGACGACAUGCUGUACAUCCUGGUCGGGCAGCAGGGGGAGGACGCCUGCCCCAGUACAAACCAAUUGAUCCAGAAGGUCUGCAUCGGAGAGAACAACGUGAUCGAGGAAGAAAUCCGCGUGAACAGAAGUGUGCACGAGUGGGCAGGAGGAGGGGGAGGUGGAGGCGGAGCCACCUACGUGUUUAAGAUGAAGGACGGAGUGCCAGUACCCCUGAUCAUCGCAGCCGGCGGUGGUGGCAGGGCCUAUGGGGCCAAGACAGACACGUUCCACCCAGAGAGACUGGAGAAUAACUCCUCAGUUCUAGGGCUGAAUGGCAAUUCCGGAGCCGCAGGUGGUGGAGGUGGCUGGAAAGAUAACACUUCCUUGCUCUGGGCCGGAAAGUCCUUGCUGGAGGGCGCUACUGGAGGACAUGCCUGCCCCCAGGCCAUGAAGAAGUGGGGGUGGGAGACAAGAGGGGGUUUCGGAGGGGGUGGAGGGGGGUGCUCCUCAGGUGGAGGAGGCGGAGGAUAUAUAGGUGGCAAUGCGGCCUCAAACAAUGACCCUGAAAUGGAUGGGGAAGAUGGGGUUUCCUUUAUCAGCCCCCUGGGCAUCUUAUAUACCCCGGCUUUAAAAGUGAUGGAGGGCCACGGGGAAGUGAAUAUUAAGCAUUACCUAAACUGCAGUCACUGUGAGGUAGACGAAUGUCACAUGGACCCUGAGAGCCACAAGGUCAUCUGCUUCUGUGACCACGGGACAGUGCUGGCUGAGGAUGGCGUCUCCUGCAUUGUGUCACCCACCCUGGAACCCCAUCUGCCACUCUCGCUGAUCCUCUCUGUUGUGACCUCUGCCCUGGUGGCCGCCCUUGUCCUGGCUUUCUCCGGCAUCAUGAUUGUGUACCGCCGCAAGCACCAGGAGCUGCAAGCCAUGCAGAUGGAGCUGCAGAGCCCGGAGUACAAGCUCAGCAAGCUCCGCACCUCCACCAUCAUGACCGACUACAACCCCAACUACUGCUUUGCCGGCAAGACCUCCUCCAUCAGUGACCUAAAAGAAGUGCCUCGGAAAAACAUCUCCCUCAUUCGGGGUCUGGGUCAUGGCGCAUUUGGGGAGGUAUACGAAGGCCAGGUGUCUGGAAUGCCCAACGACCCGAGCCCCCUGCAGGUGGCUGUGAAGACGCUGCCGGAGGUGUGUUCUGAACAGGAUGAACUGGACUUCCUCAUGGAGGCUUUGAUCAUCAGCAAAUUCAACCACCAGAACAUCGUGCGCUGCAUCGGGGUGAGUCUACAGGCCCUGCCACGAUUCAUCCUGCUGGAGCUCAUGGCAGGAGGAGACCUCAAGUCCUUCCUGCGGGAGACGCGCCCUCGGCCGAAUCAGCCCUCCUCCCUGGCCAUGCUGGACCUCCUGCACGUGGCUCGGGACAUUGCCUGUGGCUGUCAGUAUCUAGAGGAAAACCACUUCAUCCACCGGGACAUUGCUGCCAGGAACUGCCUCUUGACCUGUCCCGGCACUGGAAGAAUAGCGAAGAUUGGGGACUUUGGAAUGGCUCGAGACAUCUACAGAGCCAGCUACUACCGAAAGGGAGGGUGUGCCAUGCUUCCAGUUAAAUGGAUGCCCCCAGAGGCCUUCAUGGAAGGAAUAUUUACUUCUAAAACAGACACAUGGUCCUUCGGAGUGCUGCUGUGGGAGAUCUUUUCUCUGGGGUAUAUGCCAUACCCCAGCAAAAGCAACCAGGAAGUCCUGGAGUUCGUCACCAGUGGAGGACGGAUGGACCCACCUAAGAACUGCCCUGGGCCUGUAUACCGGAUAAUGACUCAAUGCUGGCAACAUCAGCCCGAAGACAGGCCCAACUUUGCCAUCAUUUUGGAGAGGAUUGAAUAUUGCACCCAGGACCCGGAUGUCAUCAACACGGCCUUGCCCGUAGAGUAUGGCCCGCUUGUGGAAGAGGAAGAGAAAGUGCCCAUGAGGCCCAAAGACCCCGAGGGGAUGCCGCCUCUCCUGGUCUCCCCGCAGCAGGCCAAACGCGGGGAGGACCGCGCCCCGGCCGCGCCGCCUCCCCUGCCGGCCCCUUCCUCGGGCAAGGCGGCGAAGAAACCCAGCGCGGCCGAGGCCUCCGCGCGCGUCCCCAGAGGGCCAGCCGCGGAAGGGGGACACGUAAACAUGGCAUUCUCUCAGUCCAACCCGCCCGCCGAGCUGCACAAGGUCCAGGGAUCCCGAAACAAGCCCACCAGCUUGUGGAACCCAACUUAUGGCUCCUGGUUUACGGAGAAACCCGCCAAAAAGAACCACCCUCCAGCAAAGAGGGAGCCGCAGGAGAGGGGACGCUGCACUGUCCCCACCGGCGCCGCUCCCGGCAGACUCGCGGGGGCCUCGCUGCUCCUGGAGCCCUCCUCGCUGACUGCCAACAUGAAGGAGGUGCCUCUGUUCAGGCUGCGCCACUUCCCGUGUGGGAACGUCAACUACGGCUACCAGCAGCAGGGCUUACCUUUAGAGGCCACCACCGCCCCCGGGGCAGGAGCAAGUCAUUACGAGGACAGCGCUCUGAAAAACAAGAACAAGGCCAACCGCCCCGGGCCCUGAGCCUGGGGCCACUCCCUUCUCGCCUAGAGAGCCCCCGGGGCAGGGGCAGGGGAGGUAAUGGCCCGUCACCAACCAGAGACCAAAUGUCAUUUUCAUUUUGUGCCAACUUGUUUUGAAGUGCCACAUUUUAAAAAAAAGCUGUAUUCUCAAAAUGCUUUAGAAAGGUUUUGAGCAUGGGUUCAUUCUAUUCUUUCAAACGAAGAAAAUAUAAAAACUGAUCACUACAAGGCCCAAUCGGUUGCAUAAGGUUUUUCCGCAUGGUGGUUGUGCUUCUUAUCCUUCUGCUUCUUUUAACUUGUGUGUGCUCUGCUUCAAUGUAGUCAGAACCAGCUGCUUACGUGUCUCGUGGUCGGAGUCAUGGACGUUCCUUGUUGAUGUGGACAUGAACCAUUGGAGGGGCGAGGGAACACGAAUAAAGGAGCUACUUGUAAUGAUUCAGCAUGGGGACAGACUUUCUUGACUCAGAAAAAUCAUAGACCAUUAACUGAGGUAUCACUUUAGAUGAUGGGUACAUGCUAAUUGUUCUGAUUCAUUGCCAAUUAUUUUUUUAAAAGUGUCGUGAAUAGUUCAGUAGUAUAGAGAAAAAAAAAUGUAUGUAUACGCUCAUCUAAACAAAAUACAUACAUCCCAAGUGCUUUGAGUAUGAUAAAACACCGGUACAGAUCCAGAGAUUUAAAAACGCCCUAUUGAUAUACCUACCUCAUGCCUUAAGAAAAUCCUCCUCCUAAAAGUGAAAAACUGAGUGUGAGGUUUCCUACUAGAUUUGAAAUCAAGAUUUAAAUUACUUGCUUUCAAACUUUUCACUAAUUCAAAUCUGUUCAUUUAUUUAAAAACAAAAAUCGUAAGCAGCAGUGAUACAUCCAAGUGUGGGAACAUAUCCAUUUGGAGGCAUAUGUUUCAGUACAUCUCAGGCCAAAACCUUCUAGCAGGCUCAGUCACAAAGCCCCCCAUGCUGAAGUUCUCCCUGUAGUGAUGGACAGGGUCACUGGAGGAUCAGGCACCCCAGUGGUCCUAGGAAAGUACUAAGACAAUAACCUCCCUGGCCCCAUUCACUGAGUUUUCUGUUCCUUAAUCAUGUCAUCCUAGUAUAUUGGGACCAAAUAUGUUGUAUAGCUGCCAAUUGCAGAUUAAAACAAAAACAUUUUCCUUGCGAUGAGAAAAGCAAUUAAGGAAUACUUGGAGUUGGGGGUGACACAUUUUAUAGGGGGAGCGUUACACCUGGUUUUCACAGAUGAAAUUUAUUUCUAUAAAACUGCAUCAAGAACCCAUUAAAUUUUAUAUACACACUUAAGGAAUGUUUCGAUCUAUAAGUUCUCAUUUCAUUCUUUCUGCUUCUCCUCUAUGCUCAUGUCCAAUCUGUUUCCUGGGGGUAGCCAUCUCUUUGGGAGGAAAGCAUUUUUUAUUACUUGCUACAUAUCAUUCCCAAGCAAAGGGACUAUGGUGUGUGUGUGUGUGUGUGUGUAUGCACAUGUACCUUUCUUCCAAUCUUCUUUUUAGCUACAUCAAAAGUAUCACUUUGAAUGUAAGAGAGACAUUGUAUUCUACACCAAAAGCCGAAAACUAUUCAUUUCCCUUAAGGCAGUUGCCUGUGGUCCUAGAAUUGGUGGUUCUGUAUAUCUGUGGAUGCACUGGUACCUUGGAGACUACUUCUAUUUAUCUGCCAAAAAUAUUUUCAUCAAUAUACAUGAAGAUGAAACAUCAAUGAACUCAUCUCUAAAUAACUGUAUCAGUAAAGUAUGGUUCGUGCCAGGUGCACAGUAAUCACAUAAACUCUGUUCCAGCUCACAAACCACCCAAAGGGCUCUAGAAUCUCAUGCUGAGAAACACUCUCUCCUAAAGGAUAACAGAAAACAAUUCCAUUUUACAUCGGUAACACCAGUAACCAGUUAAGAAGGGAGUGCACCACAUGGUUAAAUAGCCAACUCUUUAUUGUAAUUAAUGGGGGAUGGAUCUUAGCCCUUUUCACUCUUAAAAAACACAAAUGCAGGUUGUGCCUUACUACCAUGGAGAUUGAUUUGUUGCUUUUCUCUGAUCGUCUUUAUUGAUCAAUGUUCAUGUAAAUGACAGUCAAAUCUUAAAAGCCUGUGUACAUGGAUACAUAAAUAAACAAC